AGUUGAGAUCUAUUACAGUUAGCUUGGUAGAGAAAUGUAACUGUUGCAAACUCGGUUCUGUUUUUUUUUUUUGGUGCAGUUAAACUUUCAAUGUACGUAGAGGUUCCGUGAAAUAUGAUCAUCCUGGUGUAUCUGUACUACCUGGCAACACUGACGCGCACUACCCUCACAUACAGACCGCAUACUCUGUAGAACUGUAGAGUGUCCACAGUACAGGACUCGUAUUGGACAGCUUUUGAUAGCUGUAAUAAAAUAUAGAUAAUUAUGAAUACAGUGAACAAAGCUUAUGUCUUUGUUUUUAUAAUUAUGUAACUUUUUUUUUUUUUUUUUUUUACCGGAUACGAGGCCACUUCCACUUCCUGGCGGGUGACUUGACUCUGACAUUUUCCAAGCAUGUCUGCGCUUGUGGGUGAAGCGAUCAAACAGUGCAGAGCAGAGGAGCUAAAACUCACCGAAACUAUCCGGCAGUAUGGAGAGAUUUUACGCUCCAUGAAAACGCGUGUGAAACACAGCACUGAAGCGGAACCCACGACCAGCGUGAAGGAUCAUGACAUUCCUUUGAAAGAGAGACAAGAAGUUGAGCUCCUAGAACAAGUCCUGGAAAAGGCUUUGAAAGUCCGUAGCAGCUCUGUAGUUGGCUCAAAAUACCAAGAAAAGCCCUUUUCAAAAGGCAGCGCUAGUAAAGCUAUUGCUGUUAAAGAUCGUGAUAAAAGAAACCCACAAAAAUUGUCCUCUGAGGUUAAAGAAAGUCGUCAGGGCGCAGGACAAUUAAAAAACACUGAUGGCCAUGGGGGUGGUGCUACACGCCGGGUUUCGGGCAAGACAGGACCAUCAUCUCAGCCCACCGUCAAAGUAAAGCAGUUGGGUACAAAUUUGACCCAAAAAACUACUGGAACAUAUGUUCAAAGAAAGCCCUUCCAGAUCAACAGUUGUUCCCUAGAAUCAGACAGAGUUAUGAAGCACAUCGGAUUAUCUUCUUCAGAAAAGGGGACAUCCCAUUUGGAUCAGGAACGAAAAAUCCAAUGUGAAGCAUCAGCUCCUGAGGAGCAAUGGGUACCUUCACCUUUGUUAUCGUUAUGGCUUGCACAACGGACCAAAAAGAACAAAUUGUGGACUAAAGUCUUGACCAGACAUUCUAAGCCUGUACCGGAGAGAGACCACUUUAAGAAGAGACUUAUCAGUACUUUUCCCACAGAAUGGGCUUCUGUCCACAUGGCAGCCAUGGAAGAACAACUAGGUGUCCUAAUGCAACUAGGGGUGGACCUGACUCACUGUUAUAAUGCUGAGCUCCAACGCCACCAACUGGGAUUUAGUCCAGAACCAUCGACAAAGAAGGACUAUGAAUCGCUGCUUAUGUUGGCAGGCCUGGAAAAAAUGAUGGUUCAGGUCAUUAAUGAAGCUGGUCAUCUCAAAAAAGAUUGGGAGAAGAAGAUGGCACAGUGGCGUGGGUCACUGUGUCCGUUGCGCAGCAGGAUUGAUUGGCAUUGCUCGGAGCAACCCUUCCUGCCCCCCACAAUAGCCUACAGCAGCAGUGGCGAGCUAGAAGACCUUUACAGUCUGAGACUACAAGUAGCUCAGCUGAAGCUGGAGAUCCACAUGCACCAGUGCAUGUGUGAUAUACUCUCAGAUCUGAUCUCCUGUGAGUCCUCCUCAUCUGGACGGCCCAGUGCUACUCUACUACGUGGUGUGUAUUCACUCCUGGGUGAGGGAGGUACUCAAUUUCCCAGCCUGGUUUUGGACAUUGAUUUAACUCAAACAUGAAGAACAAUGAAACCGGACUGAUUUAGACUGGGAAUCUGUUCAAAUCCUGUCCUCCUAAAGUGGAUAUGAACUUUUUUUUUUGGUUGUAUUUGAUUGACAGAAGUUAGCUCAAAAGCCUCCUAUCAACUGGGUUAAAUAUUGGCAGGAAAGAUGCUGCAGCUGCUCGGAUGUUUCGAGAAUAAAGCUGCCAGCUGCUGUUAACAGCUGCCUUUCUUCUAGUUCCCACCAUUUUAAAUCGCUGCACUGCAAGUGUUAAUAUGGAGAUUCAUCAGCAUCUUUUACAUUUCAAACAUUUAUACUACAAAGAUUGGUUGUCAAGAGUCAAGUUUUGCUAAGUUUUACCAGUAGAGAGCACCAUGUUAUUAGAUUGAGUAUUGGCUUAAGCCAUGCCUGUACUCUUGAUUUGCCCCUUUUCCCAUGACAUAGCUUAUACAAACAAAUGAGUAAAUAGCAGAGAAGUUGUGUGCAUUGAGAACAGCAAAGCUGCAAACAUGACUCAACAGUAGCGUGAACACCUGGAUUGGGGUCUAAUGCAUCAAAUGGUUGUGUCUGUUUAGGUAAGUUUGUGUCUAUGGUUGUUAGUCUCGUAAUUAAUUGGUUUUAUUUGACUUAAGCAUUUUAAAUUGGUAAAGGACAGUCAUUUUACUUUAAUCUAUUGUAGAAACACACUUAGGUGAUAUACCCCUUUUUUACAAUUUGCCUAAAAAUAAUUUCAUUUAAGUCUCAAAUAUGACAGCAAUGUUUCUACUGUAGUCUUAAGGCUUGAUUUAUAGGGUACUUACAGUAUUAAUCAAAUGUCCUUUUUGGUAAUUUUGAGACAUUUAGAUGGGUCUCCAUCGUGUGUGCAUUUAAAGAAAAGUCAAAAAAAAAAAGAACUUUGCCUGUUUUUUGUCCUAGCAAACCCCUAGCUUGUUGCUUAGCUCUGCCCAGAGGUGCAAGCAGGGAGCAAGGCUGGCCCAUGUAGUCCCAUCCGAUAAGAGAACUACUGUAUCUCAAGUUGAUAAAAAAGUUAAUGCUGGGCUGUUUUGGUGGCAAAAGUAGGAGCUACUCAAUAUUAGACAGGUGGUCAAAAUGUUAUGGCUGAUUGUAUAUACAAGUGUGUAGCUAGCUAACAAAGUAAAAUAUUUUUGUUUUGUGGGAGUCCCAGCAGUUGAGUCACUCUUAAAGAUCACUCUUAAAAAGAAGUGAAGGGUUUUUUAUUUUUUUUGCUAAUUUAAUCCUGCAUUUAGACUGCCACAGAGGGUCUGUGUUCAAAUGAAUCACGUAUGUGUAGGCUACACUGGCCCAAACCUUUCUUUAGUUACAAAGGAAAUGUGAUUGACACAUUAUUUUUAUGCACUGUUUUAUGUCUACUACAUAGGUUUUAUGCACAGAGUAGUUUUAACAUGCUGCCCUCUCAACCAUGUGAUUCAUCCCACACUUUUCAAUACAAUAAAAGUCUGAUUUGUCAUCAUUGUCAAGAAUACGCAGUGCGAUCAGUGCUGUCCACUGCUUAUAAGAGGACUUUGAGUGCAAGUCUUUAUUUAUGCCAAGACUCCUGUAGGUGAAAGUGAGAUCCUGGCCAUGUAGGCUGAUCCAGACGGGGGGACAGGUGGUGCUGGUGGGUGCCUCCUCCAACCCCCCACACACUCCAACUUUCACAGUGACUCAGCACGAAGAGGGGAAACCAAAAACAGAGCAACAUGAACUGGAUAUAAAAGCCAAAACACCCACCCCACAGGCAUAAGCUCACUCAAUUUUAAACCACCAUGCCCAUCUAUAUCAUUUAGCCAUCGAUCUGAUUUAAAAUCAAGGACACACAGGAUAGGUAUCUUGCCUGUGUUGCCUGUAAUGCAAUCAUGAAACAAGAUGUUGGUGAUCGUGUUUAGCGAUGAAAUUUCAAGGGAAAUUCUAUAACGCCCCCAGCCAAGAUCUGUAAUGUGUCUCAAAGGCAUAAACGUGUGUUUGUCUGACACAUAGUGUUCUCACGGAUAGUGAUGGUUGUUUCUUGGCACAUAUAGUCUGGAACAACAGAUUUCCCUACCAUUUAUAUUUGUCACUGUAAUUCUUUUUAUUUAUUUCCCAUACAUUGCUAUAGAAUAUGGUACAUUGUUUCAUUUCCUUUGUAAAUUUAUGUGAAGAUCAUUGAUUUUUUUUUUUUU